UUCGUUUUAUAUUUUUAUAAAUCUACAAUGUGUUGUUGUUCCCCCUAUACUCUAUAUAUUCCCCCAAUAGCCGUUUCAGUUACUUACUUAUUUUUUUUUAAUUUUUUAUUUUAUUUCAUUUUAUUUAGUAAAUGUGUUUCUCCUUCAUCAAUGUCAAUAUCCCGCUCUCCAUCAACUGUUGCUUCUCCCCCAAUUGUUUCUCCAAAUUCUGGUAUUUUAACCACAACAGCUCCUCCUAGGCCUAUUCCAAAAUCAGAAAGGCCAUGGAGACAAAAAUUGGCGGAUGCUCAAAGGUUCAGAGAAGCUCGAGAAACUGAACGUGCAUUUGCCGCUGGUCAUCACCAUAAUCCAAUGAUUGUAGAACCUUCUGAUGCUACAAUGAGAUUAAUGGCGGCAAGAAGUGCACGUCGAGUAAUUAGUAAUGAAUUACAUCAACAACAACAGCAACAACAUUCAAAUAAUGAAAGGGAAUUGGAAAAAGAAAUUGCUGCACUUAAGUGCUUUGUUAGCAAACCUGGAGCCUUAGAUAAGAAUGCAACUGUUGCAAAAUUUCGGCAAACAAUGGCCGAAAGCCAGGCUUUAAUUGAACCUUCUUCUACUACAAAACAACAAAAACAACAAAUAUCGCCUACUCAAUCCACAGUUUCAGCCUCUUCUCUACUUUUGCGAAUGCCCUCCUUAAGUAGAAGAUCGACAACUGAAGUUACAAAAGAAUCUUUAAAUGGAAGAGAAGGUAAGGAUCGCCCUCAAAGCUUAAUAGAAACAACAGGCCCUAUAGCACAUCGUCGCCUUUCUAUUGUAAAAGAAGCAAAUUCUGGUAGUGAAGGGAAAACAAAAACAUCAACAAAAACACCAACAUCGACAACAAAAACACCAACAACAACAAAAACACCAAUAACAACAAAAACAUCAACAACAAAAGCAGCAACUUCCUCAACAACAACAAAUAAAGAUUCUGAAACAAACAAAAAAGACGUUGUUGGUAUUAAAAAGAAAUGUUCGAGUCCACAACAACAAACAAAGCAAAACAUCCAAACAUCAAUAAAUUCUUCUCCAAACAUUUCAACAAAAACAACAACAACAACAAAGAAAACAACAACAAAAGGAGAAGAAAAAGAAAAUAAAGAAAUCAGAACAACAACAACAAACAUUAUAAAACGAAAAAAUUCAAAAGAAGAAAUUUCCAACAAAAAUCAACAAAAGAAUGUUUUUAAUACUUCAAAGGAGGUUGCAACAAAAGAGAAAAAAGAGGAGAAAUUAAUGGUUAAAGGGAAAGAUAAAAUUGAACAAAAAUCUGUUCAGAAACCCUCAACAACAAAAAAUUUAGAUGAAAGCCAAUUCAAUGCUGUAGUUCAAUUUAAACCUCAAUCAUUUAUUCGAAGAAAAAUAAGCGAGAAUUCUUUAACAGAACCAAAGCCAGUCCCUGGGUCUUGGGAAAGAACUCCUAGAGAACAAUUUAUUUCACAAAACAAACAUUUAAUUCGCAAAGCAGCAAGCGAAUCCAUUUCCCAUACUCGAAGAAUUCGACCCUUGGCCCGUGUUUCUUCUCUACGGUUUUAUUCAAUGUCAGCUCCACCAACAACUGGAAAAAGGACAACAACAACAGCAAUUAAUAAAAACAUCAAUAAUACAUUGAAUAAAACAACAAAUGAUACAAACAUUAACAAAACAAAUAGUACACCAGCAACAACAACAAUGGUUAAAAUGAUAAAAUCAACAGCAAUACCUAAACAACAACAUAUUUGUUCGUUUGCUUCUUUAGACAAACAAUUCGCUAAUAAAAGAAGUUUUCGGUUGGGAGUUCGUAAAACUCUUAUAUUAAAAAACACUCCUCAAAAAGUUUUUGCGCAACUUUGUUGUCGAAGUGCACAAAUUGUAGCAGCAACUAUUAGAUUUAAUGUUAUUUGGAAAGAGCAACAAAAAAGAGCAAAUGUAACUAUUUUAUCUUCUGAUCUUCGCAAAGUAAGCCAAAAACAUUUUCGACAACCCCCAUCUAAAAACAAAAUAAAAAAUGUUGGGAUAAAUCAAUUAAAACAAACACAAGAAAAUCAGAACAAUAACAACAACAUUCCUGAUAUUCUGUUUUCUGAAAAUAUUAUUAAACAAUCAGAAGUUCCCACUAUUCUAAAAACAUCAGUAAAACAGGUUCUUCCGUCAGUAAAUAAUAAUCACCAGCCUAUUGUUGCUGAGACUGUUGGAAAUUUAGGGAAAUCUACUGGAAUUUCUUCCAUUACCGCUCCUGUUUCAACAGUGAAAAAUCCAUUAAAUCAACAACCUCAGCAACCAAUUGUCCCUCCAGUCCCUCCACACCGUUCACAAAAUCAACAACAAAAAGAACAAUUAAGCAAAUCUAGCAAAACAUCAGUACCUCUAAUACUUCCAGAUAAAUCUGUACUUGAACAAUUUGUUCAAAACAAGAGAGACAUUCUUGAUCAAUUACACGAGGAAGCUGAAGAGAUUCUUAGCUCAGCUAGAGAUUUGUCAACUUGUGGCACAACAAAUAAAUUAUUAAACCCUCUAAAAGAAACAACAACAACAAUUUCAUCAUUACCAGAAUCAAAAAGGAAUAGCCAAAUGCUUAUUGCCUCAAUUAUGCCCCCACAAGAAGCCCAAUCAUUAAAUAGUUCUUACCAUUCUAUACAAGAUGAUUUAUUUGGAAAUAAUCAAAUAAAUAUACAACAGCAAAAUAGACAAAGGCAAAUAUUAAUUAUUUUUAGACCUCCGAACCUCUCUAAAUUUUCUUCAAAUAGAUCUCUGAACCUCCAAAAUAGCAAUUUAGUUAACUUAAAGCCAAUAGAUUUAUUUGGAAAAACAACAUUAUUAACUACCCACCAAUUCGAAAAACCAAAAAGUUUAUUUGAAGAAAAAAUGCAAAAACAGGCAUUUCAAUUACACGAAAAAGCUGUUAAUAGACAAAAUGAAUUUAAUAAUGAAAUUAAUAAUUUAAAUAAAACUAAUUUGAGAAGAAAAUCUGCUACAAAUGAAAAUGCAGAUUUAGCCCAAACAUUUGUAAACCAAACACAAAAACCUUACCAACAAGAACAACGUUAUGCUGCACAUAUUUCUUUAAGUGGGAGACAAUCAACAGCUAGUUGUGAAUCUGGAAAUAGCGGCUCUUUGGACACAGAAAAUCGUCAAAUGAUAGACCAAGCCCGUUAUAAACACAGCCAACAAAGAAACAAAUUUAAAGAAGCUAUAGACUAUUUAGACCAUAUUUUUGAAGAUUUUCAAAGGGAAUCUGAUUUAAAUCAACAACAAAAAGAAGAAAUUAAAUUAGAGAAACAACAGAUAAAUAUGCCCCAGCCCCAAAAACGUUUAGAAGUUGCUUCCUCUGUUAGACCCGGAAAUGUUAAGUCAGCAAAGGAAGCGUUUGAAAAGGUGGCUGCUGCUUUGGCUAAUGAAAGGAGUAAUUCGAAAUUAAAGAAACACCAAACAUCUCAACAACAACAACAACAAAAACAACAACAAACUCAACAACAACCUACUGUUGUUUUAAAAAGACAACAAUCAUAUCCAUUAAUGGUUGUUCAACGUUCAACACAACAACAACAAUUUCCUUCUGAAAUGAAUGCAAAAAUUCCUGUUAUUCCCCCACAAUCAAUUGUUGCAGAGAAUGGAAGUAACAAAAAUAAUUUGGAGGAAGAGGAAAUCUCAGUUGCCGAAACAAUUGUAUUGCCAAGUAAAAAUACUUCGGAUCGAUUAGAUUUUACAAGAAAUUGGUUAACUAGUGGAGGUUCUGAUAUGAGUGGAUGGGCAGAAAGUGGUGGUGGAGGAGAAAAUUAUGUUCCAAAGCCAUACAGCGCAAAAGGAGGUACCAUCCAAGACGUAAAAGAUUGGGACGAACACUCGCUGGGAAGUUGUUCAGCAGAGGUUGCCGCAAUUAAUGCCCCCAAUGAAAGGAGAUUAAAACAAAAAGAAAAACAGCAACAAUUAAUUUUAAUUAAAAAUCAACAACAACAAAAACAGCAACUAAACAAACAACAACAAAUACUUCCCAUUAGACAAAAACAACCCCCAACACAACAACAAUGUUCGUCAGCAACCUCAACAGCAACAACAAAUAAUGUUCCGCCCCCUCAGAUAUCUGUUGCUGUUGUACCUGCUGCUGUGCGUCCCCAACCUUUUAGACCACAACUUGGAAUAUUACCUGCUUCUUUGGGUGUCAGUGGUCAAAUGCACAAAGCGCCUUCUAUCGAACAAAUUCGAUUUCUUCGAGCUGCUUCACAAGACUGUCCCCCAACUAGUAUGGCUAGCUCAAUUCAUUCACACGAAGGCUUCUUUAAUUUCCAACCUGGUGCUGCCAGUUGUCUUUCCACACAUUCAUUACAAAGAAUAGGUUUUGGAGGUGGUGCCUUUCAUUCAUAUACCCCAAACAUUGCCCAAAUGCAACAAAAACAAAUUAGUAAACAACAACAGAAACAACAACAAUUAAAUUAUAUAAAUUCACAACAAUAUUUAAAAGGUUCUAUUCAAUCAUUGCCAGAUUCUGCUCUUUCUACUGCACCAAAUAAUAAUAAUUUAAUUUAUUUGCCUGGGGAAGUAUCUAAUAAUAAUAAUGUUUAUUUAAAUAACAACAACAAUAAUUACCAACAUUCUCAACAUUUAAACAAAACACCAAUUAAUUCUGAUUAUAAUCAACAAAAACAACCAAGGAAAUUUAUUUCUACCAAAGAAAAACAACAAAUUCCAACUGAUCAUUCUUUGGCAAUUGAUGCACUUGUUGCUGAAUUGGAAUUGGAUACCAAUUUAAAUACUUCAAAUGAUAAACGUCGUUCUUUCCCAACAAUUCAAACAGAAGUUAAUAAUCAAAAUGCUUCUUCUAAUAAUCGUAAUUUAACAAAUCGUCCAGCAUUUGAAACAAUUAAUCAGGAAAGAAUAAACCCAUCAAAAGUGGAUGCUAUGGCUAAAAUGUUUGAUAAACAGACAAAUAAAACUAAAACAUCCAAUCCUCUGAGUUUUACAACAAAUGGAGAUUCUACAACAAAUUGGUCUUCUCGUCGUAAUACUAGCCAAACAAUUCAACAACAACAGCAACAAAAACAUGUGGAAAGAGGUCCAUCACUCAAAACAACAUCAACAAAGUUUCAAAUAAAAGAAACACCCCCAACACCUCCCCCACAUUCUUCCAAACAUUUAAAACAACAACAACAGACAACAAUAUAUAAACAAAGGCAAUCACCCCAAUUUGUAAAAGGAACAAAAGCUGGAGUUGGUGUUUGUGGUGAUAGAAGGUAUGUUGUUGGGAAUAGACAAACACAACAACAAAACAUUAACAAUAAUGAUGAAUCAGAACAACAACAACAAUUUAAUACUAGCAAUGGAUUUUAUGAUAAUGUGCAUCAACACCAUCAAGGCUCACCACCACCUCCUCAUCCUUCUAAUUAUCAUCAUUUUCGGAAUGAAGAUAUAAUUGAUUGUUCUUCAAUGUCUAGUCGUGAAAUUGAAUUACCCCCACAACCUCCAAAUAAUAAUGGAAUUAGUAAUGUACCCAAAACUGCUGGAAAAAGGAUUGGCCAACUUAUUAAGAAAUUGGGGAAUAGUGUUGGAGGUGAUAAUAAACAACAAAAUGGUAUUUCUGCUGUUUCUACUCUUUCAUUAAAUCGAUCUGCCCAUGAACAACUUCCUACUGUUCGUAAUGGUCUUGGAGUAAAAGAAGAAAUAUUAACAAAAAGCAACAGUUUAAGUAGUGAAAGGUGGCGAUCCCAGGCAAUGAAUCAACAACAAAAUGUUGCAGACAGCAGUUAUGAUUUAGAUGAAGAUAAAUCCCAUGCAAGUGGUGGUUUGGGCAAUCGGUUAAAGCAAACAAUCCUUGGCGGCAUGGUAAGACGACGGGUGCCUACUUGA